UAUAGACAAUUUAUAUCCUAUUUUAUGGUCACCCAACAUUCCGAGUAGCGGAGGUCCGUGUCGGAAUUGCUACACGGACUUCUGAAUUCCUUUCCAUAGUAUCAAGUGGUUAAAAUUUGCAAAUAAGAGAAGAGUUCGAUCAAAAGGUUGCACGGCCUAACUUGAUAGUAUUAUUAGAAUACAUAUUUCUGUCACUGUCGAAAGAAGGAAUCAAGGCAGUGGACCAUGAUCACACCGGCGAUAGCAAGGAAGCUUCUACUUCAAAGAACUUUUAUCUCAGUGAAUUUAAUGAGUGAAUGCAAUUGUUCGAAAGCUCUAUAUGGAACGAUGAAGCCUUCUGGUGCGGUCCUACCUGAACCAAAGAAAACACGGUAUGGAUUGGUCGGAGUUAUUUGUAGCGUGGUUGCUGGUCUUUUAACGGGAGCAGCUAUUAGCAAAACAGUAGCCAAUUUCCUAGAGGAAAAUGAAUUAUUUGUGCCCUCCGAUGACGACGACGACGAUGACUAGAUUAUGUCGCUACAGCUAAUUAACUCGCUUGUGUUUAAUGCAAGAACUCGUUAAGUGGAUGGUAUAGUUUUAUCCUGAUGUCUACGCUAUUGAUCGAAACGAACGAACAUGAAGUAACAGGUCUAGAAGAGAUGAAGUUAAAACGGGCGGAAUUGCAAACACGGAUAGAUACGCAAGAAGACGAGAAAAAUACCUUACAGAAAGAAAUAGAGAAAAUGUCCUACAAACUCACUUGUAUAAACGAUAGUCUCGCAAAAAGGAUAGCUAUCCGUAAUGAGUACGACAGGACAAUAGCAGACACCGAGACAGCAUACAUGAAGAUACUAGAGAGUUCGCAACUACUACUCAACAUGAUCAAGAAGGAGGCUUCGAGCUUAGGUCAAACUUUAAUUCAAGCUGACACAGAAAAGCAGCAGUAUUGUUAACAUAUUAAACGAACUUAAUUCUUGAUAAUGUACAUUAACUGCCAGUUAUUAUCUGAAUACUAUGUGCAUCAAUAGUUCAAGUUCAAUGAAUGAAAAACACUGUAAAUAAGCAUAACUGUUAACAAGUACAAGUUUGUAAUUUCGUGAAUUUAUAGUAUACGUAAACAGUUUAUACUACUCUCUUGCGUUAGGUAUACGUUUUGGAUAUUUGUCUAAAGAGCAGUUAUGAUUGUUUGUAAAUUCGCAAUGAACGAAACUCGUGGAUUAGAAAAACUAAAGUAGAAAAAUAGGGCAUAAUAUAAACGAUUAAAAAAUCCUAAUUAAAUGUAUAGUUAUUUUAUGGUAA